CCUCAACUGCAAGCACCCUGGACUGGGCAGUCCUUUUUGGCAAACCCAGGGGUAGUCUCGGACAAGCGUUGCGUAUAUAAAUGGUCGUCCCCGCUCUUCUUCGUUCAUAGAAAUUACCAGAAUCUGAGAAAGCCAGAGGACCUGAGCCCAAUUGACAGGUUUUAAAGUAGAAAAUAAAAAUGGUGAAGAUCUGCUGCAUUGGUGCUGGAUAUGUUGGGGGCCCAACAAUGGCCAUAAUUGCACUUAAGUGCCCAUCUGUUGAAGUGGCUGUUGUGGACAUCUCUGUUUCUCGGAUCACAGCCUGGAACAGCGACCAGCUCCCCAUCUAUGAGCCAGGCCUUGAUGGUGUUGUGAAGCAAUGCCGAGGCAAGAACCUUUUCUUCAGCACCGAUGUUGAGAAACAUGUCUCAGAGGCUGAUAUAGUGUUUGUCUCUGUCAACACCCCAACUAAAACUCGGGGUCUUGGGGCAGGGAAGGCUGCAGAUCUGACAUAUUGGGAGAGUGCAGCUCGCAUGAUUGCUGAUGUUUCAAAGUCUAACAAAAUUGUAGUUGAGAAAUCAACAGUCCCAGUCAAAACCGCUGAGGCAAUUGAAAAAAUUCUGACCCACAACAGCAAGGGAAUCCAAUUCCAAAUUCUUUCGAACCCAGAAUUCCUUGCUGAGGGCACUGCAAUUGAAGAUCUUCUUAAGCCAGACAGAGUCCUCAUUGGAGGCCGGGAGACCCCCGAAGGCCAGAAGGCCAUCCAAGCAUUGAAGGAUAUUUAUUCUCAGUGGGUCCCUGAAGAUCGUAUACUAACCACCAAUCUCUGGUCUGCAGAGCUCUCAAAGCUUGCUGCCAAUGCCUUCUUGGCCCAGAGAAUAUCGUCUGUUAAUGCCAUGUCAGCUCUCUGUGAGGCUACUGGGGCAAAUGUAACACAGGUAUCUUAUGCUGUUGGUACGGACUCGAGGAUUGGUCCCAAGUUCCUCAAUUCUAGUGUUGGUUUUGGUGGAUCCUGCUUCCAGAAGGAUAUUUUGAAUCUGAUUUACAUCUGCGAGUGCAAUGGCCUUCCUGAGGUGGCAGAGUACUGGAAACAAGUCAUCAAGAUCAAUGAUUACCAGAAGAACCGCUUUGUGAACCGUGUUGUUUCCUCUAUGUUCAACACGGUCUCAAAUAAGAAGAUUGCAGUCCUGGGGUUUGCUUUCAAGAAAGAUACUGGUGACACAAGGGAGACCCCAGCCAUUGAUGUGUGCAAGGGGCUUUUGGGUGACAAGGCCCGGCUGAGCAUAUAUGACCCGCAGGUCACUGAAGACCAGAUCCAAAGGGACCUCACCAUGGACAAGUUUACUUGGGACCAUCCCAUUCACCUGCAGCCAAUGAGCCCCACCACUGUGAAGCAAGUGAGCGUGGUUUGGGAUGCGUAUGACGCAACAAAGGAUGCCCAUGGUGUUUGCAUUUUGACUGAGUGGGAUGAGUUUAAGACUCUUGAUUACAAGAGGAUUUAUGAUAACAUGCAGAAACCAGCUUUUGUAUUCGAUGGCAGGAACGUUGCUGAUGUAGAGAAGCUGCGUGAGAUUGGUUUUAUUGUGUACUCAAUUGGUAAGCCCCUGGAUCCAUGGCUCAAGGACUUGCCCUCUGUGGCAUAGAAGAGAUGCACUGAUCGAGUGGCCGGUGUUGCGGGUCAAGGAAUCAUAGUUGGAGGCAAUCAGUUGGAUUCUUUACAUAACUUUUUUUAAAGAAAAAACGAUUUUCGCUGCUUCUUACUUUCCCAUCAUAGUCAGCUAUUUGGUAUAAGUCUGGUGAAAGUAAGAGGCUCUAUGUUUUGCCCUACAUUGUAUUCUGAGUUAUUACUGUCUGUCUGUUACUUGUUUGCUAGAAGACUUUACUGGUCUUUGUUUGGUUUAAUCUUCUAUCAUUAUUAGAAUGUUAAAAAAAUUUCCAAAGCACUUGUAUCAAAUUCUUAUCAAGAGUUUUACCUUAAUAAUAAUAAUACAUAUACUGUUGGGUUUGGCCUGAA